UCAUCAUCAAUUUAUAUUUGGCAAAAAACCCAAAAAAAGAAAAAGAAACAGAGCCUCUCCUCGAAAAUUUAUCAUUUUCCGAGAGCGAUCGUCCCAUGGCGGACAUCGACAUCGGAACGGCAGCAACAACAGGAGUACACGACGGAGGAGGAGGAGGAGGAGUACGAGAACGGCUGAUCAACCGAGAAACAAAGUUCAAACGAAGCGUAUCUCACGCACAAGACGAGCUCCAGAGCUUCCGUAAAUACCUCCGAUGGAUGUGCGUCGAUCAGUCCAGCCCUUGGACCGCUCUUCUCUCCUGGUCUAUGUUCGUUGUUUUCACCGUCGUGGUUCCCGCCACCUCUCACUUCAUGCUCGCCUGUGCUGACUGCGACAGCCAUCACUCCAGGCCUUACGAUUCCGCUGUUCAGCUUUCUCUUAGCUCUUUCGCUGCUCUUUCCUUUCUCUGUCUCUCCAGAUUCGUUAGCAAGUAUGGUCUCCGCCGCUUUCUUUUCUUCGACAAGCUUUGGGAUGAGAGCGAGACCGUCCGCCGUGGCUACACCAAUCAGCUCAAUAGAUCGCUUAAGAUUCUGUCCUACUUCGUUACUCCUUGUUUCUUAGCGAUGAGUUCGUACAAGAUAUGGUGGUAUGCUUCAGGGGCUUCUCAGAUUCCUUUCCUCGGUAAUGUUAUCUUGAGUGAUACAGUUGCUUGCCUGAUGGAACUCUGCUCGUGGCUGUAUCGAACCACAGUGAUCUUCCUGGUUUGUGUCCUCUUCCGUCUCAUCUGCCAUCUCCAGAUCCUAAGGCUACAAGACUUUGCUCAGGUUUUCCAGAUGGAUUCGGAUGUUGGUUCCAUUUUGUCUGAACAUCUCCGCAUCAGACGUCACUUGAGAAUUAUCAGCCACAGAUACCGAACCUUUAUACUGUUGUCCUUGAUUCUUGUUACUGGCAGUCAGUUUUACUCCCUGCUUAUUACCACUAAGGCCUAUGCUGAUCUGAAUAUCUACAGAGCUGGAGAACUUGCACUAUGCUCAAUGACGCUGGUCACAGCGCUGCUCAUUCUACUACGAAGUGCUUCAAAGAUCACACACAAGGCUCAGGCGGUGACUUGUCUUGCUGCUAAGUGGCAUGUCUGCGCGACAAUAGAAUCCUUUGAGACAGUGGAUGGAGAGACUCCAAGGUUAGUUGAUAGAGCAAGCGGACCAGGAUACUAUCCAACAGAUGGUGAUACUGGAGGAUCAGACAGUGAAGAUUAUGGAGACGAAGAAGAUGAUUUCGAUAACAACAAUCUCAUCCCUGCUUAUGCGUAUAGCACAAUAUCGUUCCAAAAACGGCAAGCUCUAGUGAAUUACUUUGAGAACAAUAAGGCAGGAAUCACGGUGUUUGGGUUUACACUUGAUAGAAGUACUCUUCAUACAAUCUUCGGAAUUGAAAUGUCGCUUGUUCUCUGGUUACUUGGUAAAACCAUUGGAAUUUCUUGAACCAUUCUUUGGAUCAUAGAAGUUUUCAAAGUUUUGGCUCCCUUGUUGGUUGAUGCUGCUAUGUGUAACAGAGGCUCUAUGUAAAAUAACAUUUUCUCUUUCUUUUUUUUGAUCACUGUAAAUCAUCUUAUUUGUUCUUUAACACGUUGAUUUUGUAAUAGAUUUCAUGUGUUCAACGAGUGAUCUUACAGUAAAUUAGAUUGGCCAUAAUUAAAGAAGUUCAUAUUGUUCUUGUAGUUA